CGUCACCACCAUGACGAUUAAAUGCCAUCGCCCUCGCCUCGCUCUCCUCUUCCUCCUGCCCUCCAUCGAAUUGACCUCGUUGCCAGUUUCCAGGUUUCGCCUUAGCCUUGCAUGACGCGCCUCCGGUUACCACAUCCGCUUUGCCCUUGGUCCUCGAUCUCUGGGCUCGGACCUUGCUCCGUCAGCAGUCCCUUUUGUGUGGAACACACCUCUGGGACAGGGCCCGUGCUCGGCAAAUGGUUUGCUUAGUGGUCCAAGCUGCCUCUCCAGUAUGAUGUGAAGAGCGUUGGGCGUGCCAGGCACAGAAAGAGGUCCGAGGCGCCAAACUGAUAGGUGGAUGAGGUAGCGGAUGAGGCCAGACCGUCACCUCCCUAAUCAGGUUGGGAGUAAACCAGCUACCAAUGGCUAAAAGCUUCACCAGACAGCUCCCUACGUAGCAGCUGAGCUCGCUGAGGCUCGCUGCUGAAUACCAUAUAUGAGGCUGCCGCCCCGAGGCCGAGGGUGACCAGCGUGUUCCAACUGAGCGACUGAUAAGUUUUGCCCGGCCCCUCCGCUCGUUUUCCUCUCGCUCUUUAUCUACUCAACGUUCUCCCUGGUUUCCUGUUCCCAGUCCCUCUUUCGCACCUGUUUCACGGUCGGGCACCGUUAUUACGACAUCCAGCAUCCCACUCGGUGGCGACGUCUGAAAUCUAGAAAUUACCCGUAGUGUUCCUUGUCGCCAGAAUGCACACCGACGUCCGGGCAAGAGAGCUGCACCACCCCAUCCAGGUUGUCCUUGUCCAUUGCUCGAGCCACAGAGGAUAUCUCAAAACUGACCAUGAUCUGUCUACAGCCGGAAGAUGAGUGGAAGCUCGAGCAAGGUCUCGCGGCCGCCGAGCUGCCCAUCCGCGACCAGACUCUCCCCGAAGGCCAAUUUAUCCAAGAGGUAGAAGUCGACGAAGAAAUCACCAAGGAGGUCGAAUCGGCUCGCGAGUACCUCGAAAAAGAGGAUAUUGACCCCAAUGUGGUGUUUGCUGAAGAACGCGCAGGCUGGCACGGCUAUAUCGAGUGGGAACAGUAUCCGGAGAAGAAGGCCCUUGCGCACAAGAUCAUGAUCACCAACAAAUUCCCCCCUCCACCAGAGUUCCAACUGGGUCAGAUUCCCGAUACAAACCCAGUUCUGGAAGGCGUCCGCUGGAAACUGUGGCACAAGGCCAUUGGAGGCCCUCUGACCUCAGUCCCCGAAGAAUCCUGGCUGCGAGUUAUCCAGGAGAAGCACCCGGAAAUGCUGCACUUGUUGCAGUUCCCCUACAACGGCGAACCCCCCAAACGACUCGUCACUGCCAAACCCGUCACCCCGAAUCCCUUGCAUUUCAUCCGAAACCAUGGUGGAAUCCCAGACAUCAAUGCGGAUGCAUGGGAGCUCAAACUCGACGGCCUGGUCAAGCAUCCCCGCACUUUUACUCUAAAGGACCUGCAGAAUGAAGAGAUCUUCCCGCGCAUGGAGAAACUGGUGACUAUCCAAUGCUCUGGUACGCGCCGUAUCGAGCAAAUUGAGAUGUACGCAGGUGAAGGUGACGAGAUGAUCAACGCUCCAUGGGCAGAAGGAGCUAUCGGCACAGCUCGCUAUGUGGGCGUCUCGCUCAAGAAAGUCAUCAAGCAGUGUGGUGGCAUGGCCGAGGGCGGCAAACACCUCGAAUUCCAUGGAGCGGACACCUACUUCAAGCAGAACGAGGUGAUGAAUUACCUGGUCAGCGUACCAUGGUCUAAGGUUAAGGCCAACGAGGUCAUGCUCGCCUGGGAGAUGAAUGGGGAGCCUCUGCCCAAGAUCCAUGGUUACCCUGUGCGCAUGGUCGUCAUGGGCUACAUCGGUGCCCGUUCCGUGAAAUGGGUGUACCGCAUCCGCGCCCUCCCUCACCCAACUCGGGCCCCGGUUCAGAGCAAGGAGUACCUGUACUUCAACCAGCAAGUGGGCAAACACAACCAGCUCCCCGUGAUGGGGAUCCAGAUCCAAGAAAUGCCCGUCUCCAGCGCCAUCAUGUCACCGUGGGCCAAGCAGGUCGUGGUGCACGAAGGCAAGAUCGCAUGCAAGGGCUGGGCCUACUCGGGCGGCGGCCGCUGGCCUGAACGAGUGGAGCUCUCCGCGGACGGCGGCUUCUCGUGGUACUCGGUCCCCAACGAGAGCCUGUCGACCAAGCACAAAUGGGCGUGGCGGACGUGGGAGUUCGACCUGCCCUGCGAAGUGGAAGGGUGGAUCGAGAUUGUGGUGCGCUGCUGGGACAACAGCCUCAACACGCAGCCCCUCGAGGUGCGCAACUCGUGGAACUGGGGUUUGCAUGUGACGUCGUCGUGCCACCGGGUCAAGAUCUACAGCGUCAACAAGAGCCGGGCGCAGACGCGCAAGCGCAUCGAGGACUUCGCCAAGAGAGGCGAGUCGCUGGUGCCCAUUACCCGGCCGACCGAGUUCCAGACCAUGACGCCCGACGAGUACGACGACUGGUGGUCCAGACACGACCCUCGAGACGUGGAUGAAUGAGCGUGGCCGUGCGUGGUGCAGCGGUAGUGGGGGACAUGGGAACGAUCCACGCCCGAGCGAGUAGCAGGACCAUCUAACCCAUCGUAUGCCUGUCCCAAAUACUUCUCCGUGGAGUGGUAAUUCCUUUAUGGGACUGUCGUCGAGGACCCUGCGGUCUGUUUGGGGGUCUUGGAACGGUUGAUAGUAGUGCAACGCGACACCGCGGAGAAAGAUGAGGGGAAGGGCAACGGCAUGACGACGGCGACGCAGCAUAGCAGCCUAGCAUCAUAUUAUGAUAUCAAGUCAAUGUAAUUUCAAAUUCAG